AAAUUAUAAAUAAAAUAAAAAGGUGUUUAAAAAAAAUUUUUUUACCCCAACGAGACAGUGAACACGCAAUAUUUUCCAAAGCAAAAAAUGAAUAGACUACAAAUAUUUAUCGCGCUCUCAGCCGUACUCUGCUGCGUCUGCGCUGUACCGGAAAUUGAAGACCAUUGGGUUUGGUCCAAACGACGUAACGACGCGUACAGUUCACGCCCACUACAUGAUAACACAGGCAGAUAUCCAAGCGCUAAUGAACGACGUAAUGCACGUGCGCGCGAUCGUGAACCCACCACCAGACGACCACUACCAGGACAACCACCAAACGAUGAAAUCGAUGAUUAUCCAGAUGAGGAUGUGAAUACAAAUGUUGGUACACGUAAUUUUCCGUAUCUACCGUUUGGUAGUAGUCAUCUAUUCGGCGUAAACUACCCGAGCUUAGGUGGCGGUAUAGGUAGCCCAAUUGGCAAUGGUAAUGGCAUAUUAGUGGGACCUGGUGGUCCAACUGGUGUUAUUGGACGCCCACCGCCACAAUAUCCAAGUGGAUUUCCAGCAAACGGCUUCGGGGGCCAACCCGGUGUUGGAUUUCCCGCACAAUCGGGCAUAUUUGGCGGAGGUAAUGCACUUGGAAAUGGCGGUCAGUUCGGACAAGCUGGAACUGGUGGGUAUUCAGGUGCAGGAGCUGGCCUAAAUCCUGCCUUUGGUGGGCAAUUUGGUGGUGUAGGUCAAUUUCCAGGCGGUCAAGGUGCUCAAUAUCCUGGUGGUGGACAAUAUCCAAUUGGUGGACAGUUUGGUGCGGGUGUACAAUAUCCAGGUUCUUUUGGUACAAGUGGUUCACAGUAUCCAGGCGCUCAGUUUCCAGCGGCACAAUAUCCUGGCGCUAAUGGUGGUGGACCGCAAUACACAGAGGGUUAUGGCUUAGCUGCUAGUGGUUACCCAGGCUAUCUACACGCCUCCAUAGGGGGUGGACCCUUCGGUUAUGAUGGUCCAUUAAAUGAUAAUGAGAAUGCGAAUCGAAAACUACAACCUGAGGGCAAGGAUACAGUGGUGGUGGAAAGCAGCAAACUGACUAAGCUGCGAGUGGAUGAUAAAAUCAAUAAGAGCUUAACCAAAGUACCGCAUUGAAUGAACUGGAGUAUUAUUUUUUAGUGGAAUAAGUUAUGAAUUUUGUAGUUUUAAUAAUAAAUUUAGGUUAGAAAAAUUGAAAAGA